AUGACAGGUCGGGGCGGACCGUGUGGAAAGUGCGUCUGCGGAUCGUCCCUCCUACUCAGGGGGAGAGAGAGAUGGCGUGCUUGCUGGAGGCCCCUCUACGCAUUAGCGUCUUAUCUGAAGUUACAGCCACCAGUCGCCAUUAUGUUGACCGGCUCUUCGACCCCGACCCACAGAAAGUGCUGCAGGGAGUCAUUGACAUGAAAAACGCAGUGAUCGGAAACAACAAACAGAAAGCCAACCUGAUCGUGCUGGGAGCCGUGCCCAGGCUCCUGUAUUUACUCCAGCAGAGCUCGUCCAGUGCAGAGUUGAGGACAGAGUGUGCAGUGGUGUUGGGCAGUCUCGCCAUGGGCACCGAGAACAACAUCAAGUCCCUGGUGGACUGUCACAUCAUCCCCACCCUGUUGCAAGGUCUCUUGUGUCCUGACCUGGUCUUUAUCGAGGCCUGCCUGCGCUGCUUAAGAACAGUCUUUAUCAGUCCUGUUACACCGGUGCAGCUCCUCUACACGGACCCCACUGUGAUCCCUCAUCUGAUGUCUCUGCUGAGCCGGUCCCAGCGCACACAGGAGUACAUCACUCAGAUCUUCUCCCACUGCUGCAAGUCUCCAGAGCAUCAGACGGUUUUGUUCAACAACGGUGCAAUCGAGAACAUCGCACCACUGCUCACGUCACCGUCCUAUAAGGUACGAAUGCAGGCAUUAAAAUGUUUCUCCGUCCUCGCAUAUGAGAACCCUCAGGUCUCCAUGACACUGGUGAAUGUGCUGGUGGACGGUGAACUGCUCUCUCAGGUUUUUGUGCGAAUGAUGCAAAGAGAUAAACCCAUUGAAAUGCAGCUGACUGCAGCCAAAUGUUUAACAUACAUGUGUCGAGCAGGAGCCAUCAGGACAGAUGACAACUGUAUCAUACUUAAGACUCUACCGUGCCUGGUGCGCAUGUGCAGUAAAGACCGGCUGUUGGAGGAGCGUGUAGAGGGGGCGGAGACGCUGGCCUACCUGAUGGAGCCGGAUGUGGAACUCCAGAGGAUAGCGAGCGUCACUGAUCACCUGGUGGCCAUGCUCGCCGACUACUUCAAAUACCCCAGCUCAGUCAGCGCCAUCACCGACAUCAAGAGGCUGGAUCAUGACUUGAAGCAUGCUCAUGAACUGAGGCAAGCAGCCUUCAAACUCUACGCCUCACUCGGCUCUAAUGAUGAAGACAUUAGGAAAAAGAUCACAGAGACGGAGAACAUGAUGGACAGGAUAGUGAGUGGCCUGUCUGAGUCCAGCAUAAAGGUCCGCUUAGCUGCUGUCAGAUGUCUCCACAGUUUGUCGCGAUCAGUACAACAGCUGAGGACGAGUUUCCACGAUCAUGCGGUGUGGAAGCCGUUAAUGAAGUUGUUACAGAAUGCCCCAGAUGAAGUGCUAGUCAUGGCCUCUUCAACACUAUGCAACCUGCUGCUGGAGUUUUCACCUAGUAAAGAGCCGAUCUUGGAGUCCGGAGUGAUCGAUUUACUAUGCAGCUUAACACAAAGCGACAGUCCUGCACUGAGGGUCAACGGCAUCUGGGCUCUCAUGAACAUGGCUUUCCAGGCUGAUCAGAAGGUCAAGGUGGAGAUCAUGAGAGCGCUAGGGACAGAACAACUCUUUCGGCUCCUCUCGGACCCGGACACCAACGUGCUCAUGAAGACUCUGGGACUGCUGCGCAACCUGCUCUCCACACGACCACACAUAGACCAGAUCAUGAGCUCCCAUGGAAAGCAGAUCAUGCAGGCAGUCACACUGAUCCUGGAGGGAGAGCACAGCAUAGAGGUGAAAGAACAGACUUUGUGCAUACUGGCCAACAUCGCUGAUGGAAACACGGCCAAGGAGCUCAUCAUGACAAAUGAUGACAUGCUACAGAAAGUCAAGUACUACAUGGGGCAUUCCAAUGUGAAGCUGCAGCUGGCUGCCACCUUCUGCAUUUCCAACCUGGUGUGGAAUGAGGAGGACGGUUCCCAGGAGCGGCAGGAUAAAUUAAGGGAAAUGGGUUUUGUAGAUAUUUUACACAAACUCACCCAGGCAUCAGAUCCUAACCUCUGCGACAGAGCGAAGACAGCGAUGCAGCAGUACUUGGCGUGACCCUGAGCGAAGGCAGGAAUUACUGAGAGGAUUGGCCUCCCCUUGUAUCUCUUCUGUUUUGAGUUUUUGGAGUUUUGUUUUGUUGCACAAGACACCUUUUGAACCUGCAGAGACUCUCCCGAUCAAUGCCAUAACCUAGAGACGCGGUUGCCAGGGGCAAUGGAGCGCUUGCGAACACGUCUUCUACUUUUUGUGCUGAACUCGUAGAAGACAGGUUUUGUGUCUUUUUCCUCUGUUGUUUUUUUUUCUUUUUUCUUUUUUUGAUUUUGGACUUUGGACAGUGGUGAGGUUAAAAAAAAAAAAAAAAGGACUUUAAUCUGCUUGUGCUGCAGUGCCACCCGGUGGUUUGGAUGCUUUGGUGCUUUGGACUUCGGACUUCGUCUCACACUGCUAAGCUAAAAAGACUAAUGGCAGGGUCAAAGGGAGCAUUGCCUCCUUAUUUCAGUUUGCUGACUUGUUAUUGAUAUUAUUAUAAUUAUUAGCAUUAAUUAUUAAUGUUGUUUUAAGAGGGGCUUCAUUAAGAGAGGACAAAGUUAAAAAAGACUGCUUUUUGUGGAUACAUACCUCGUAAAUAUCUCUCUCUCUUUCUCUCUCUAAAUAUAUAAAUAUAUAUAUAUAAAUAUAAAUAUAUAAAUAUAUUUUUUGAUUUAUAAUUUC